CGCACAAUCCCUUCCCAGGUCUCUCUCGGAGCUUUAGGGGGAAAUUUCGCAAUACAGUGAUCGAAGGUUUCAGUGACUUGGAGUUCAGAAUACAAGAUGAGGAAGAAUUGAUAGUUGUCAAGAUCUUUACAAAGGAAUUUCUUCGUGUUCUAGCGAGCAACCAACAACGAUGGUUCACUUCAUGAUGAUACCCCAUCAAUUCAUCCCUCACAUCGCUCCUAUGAUGCAUUUGGCAGACAGAUUGGCAGCUUGUGAAGGAGUCACUUGCACGAUUUUCGUAUACGAAAAACUAUUGGAGGGGUUGCCAACAGAUGGAUUGAGAGACGGAGUGCAGUUUCAUGCUCUGCCUCCAAGCAAGGAACCUCUGUCACUAUGGAACCCGCUUGCGAGCGGCGAAGCCCUUGGACGGGUUGUGAACGAGUACUUCGACAAAGAGUUGCUAGGAGCGGGCGGCGGCAUAGAAGGGAAACCUCAGUAUCAUUGCCUCAUAUCCGAUCUCCUUCUUCUGUGGACGGUGCAAGCAGCUGCGAGACUGCAAAUUCCUCGAUACAUAUUGUGCGCAAUGUCGGCAUUUUCGCUUUUGAUGAGACUUCAUUCUCCAAGGACUGAAGAAGAUAAGGCGAGGCCAAAGAUACUGCACUGGCCAAACAUCAUCCCGGGUCCCCUCAUCAGCAAUUUCUUCGCCACCAACCCAAAUGCAAGUGGCGUAGGUGCGACAUUCAUUAACAGGUCAGCAAACGAAUCAGCAGGUAUCUUGGAGAAUUCGUUCUCCGAACUGGAACAUGAGUCAAUGGCUGAGCUUCAGAGAAUGGGACUUAACAUGAUACCAGUAGGUCCACUAUCAUCGUCGAUUGUACCGGCCAAGAACUUCAAAGGCCAUUCGAAUGAAAACUACGACGAUGUCGGGGACGAGUGUUUAAAAUGGCUCGAUGAGCAGCCACCGACUUCGGUGGUGUAUGUAAACUUUGGAACCACGGGAUUCAACAAGUUCUCCACAGAAAUGGUGCACGAGUUGGCACUGGGACUCGAGGGAAGCCAAGCCAGAUUUUUGUGGGUGUUGAGACCGCCGCCAGGACUCUCUGCAGAAGAGGCGGAGCAGGUUCUGCCUAGUGGGUUUGAGGAGCGAGUCAAAGGCCGGGGGCUUAUCACUAGAGGCUGGGCCCCACAGCUGCAAAUAUUGGAACAUCGCGCAACUGGCGCAUUCCUCAUGCAAGGAGGUUGGAAUUCCACUCUGGAAACUAUCUGUAGAGGCGUUCCGUUCAUAGCAUGGGCCACUUUUGCCGAUCAGCCUACCAAUGUGAAAUUUGCUGCAGACGGAGCAAAGUUGGGGGUGAUGCUUCCGAGUCGAGACCCUAUUACAGGGAUAUGGUUGAAAGUGGAUAAACAUGUAGUUGAAAAUGGUAUACGAUUAGUGCUGUCGUCAGAAGAGGGCAAACUCAUAAGGAAGAAUGUCCAGAAUAUGAAAGUCGUAGCGGCCAAAGCAGUCAGUCCCGAAGGGUCCUCUUCCAGAAGCUUGAUGAGCUUUGUUAAAGGCUUGCAGAUCGCAGAAGAGCAUCGCCAUACAGAAUUACCCAACUGAGCCAUCAUUUUCACCAAUGACCCAAUUGAUGAUAGCUCUCUCUCUCGUCCCAUUCCGCUGUUGGUAAUGCCAUGAGAGCAGGUUUCGCUUCAGGCAUCCACUGUUUUUCUCUGCCUUGAACGCAAAAGAGGAAAAUCUUCUAAUUUUCCAAACAAUAUGUACAUCUUGUUUCCUGCUGCUAUGGCAUUUUUGUCAAUGAUUUGUUGAAGUAAAGA